AUGCAAGACCCUCAAACCGGUCUGCCGUGUCGUCGUAUCUACCAUGCUCUCAACACUAUGCACAGACAUUGCCGGAAUGUGCAUGGCUGGAUUAAUCCUAGAAGCCAACAUAAACCUAGAAGAGUAGGAAGACCGACAGGUAGCGAGACGGUGCAUUUUGCCAAAGUAAGCUGCCAGGCGUUCUUUACGCAGAAGACAUAUCGAGUCUUGUUUCAAGUCCUAGACACACCUAGCGCUGAACUCGUGAACAGCGUACCUACGCUUGAUACAACUCCGGGUAGAGAAGCAGACUGUUGGGAUCAAAUAGAGAGACAGCUUACAGCUAUCGAGCAAAAAGAGGCUAGAGACGCUCCAGCAACAGGAUUCGGUAUAGAGCCUCUAGGGGCGUAUCCUCUGAGCCUCGUACCAUGGCUUGAGGUGACCCGAUGGCACCAAUAUCUUCACGGCCACCGCCUGCAGGACGUCGCGCAGCUCAUCCACCUCCCAACGCAUACAACUAUCGAAAACAGUGAUCGCCAAUUGCUUGCGCUUAUCGAUAUUUUUGACAAGCUUGUUGAUGAAGCUCGCACUGCCAUCCUCGCUGAUGAGGCAAGCGUGUUCGACCAGCAUCGGGUAAACAGUUUUAUUCGCGGUCGGCAGUACCAUCGGCCACUUCUCGUCAAGCUGCAGGAAGGGACGUACAAGCGAUACAAGAAAGUCUGGAUGCAGCUGCUCUGUUUUGUUUCCCGCGCCGUGCUGCUGCGACAGGCUUCUUUCCUCCACUAUGUCGUCACCGAUGCGCAGUCAACGGCGCUAGAUCGGCUAUUCGCUGCCCUCCAGAACACCCAUGAAAGGGAGGGUAGAGAAAGAGAGUCUCAAUUGCAUCAGGACCUAUGCCUGGAGUUAUGUAUCUCGCUGCUAGAUCAUUGUCUGAAAGGAAACGUCUACGACAGCCUUGUCGUUGGCUUUCUCGCUAUCCUUGGCAUUGACGUUAAAACUAGCGGCUUCCGGGACCCAGUCUCGUAUACACCCGAUCUUUCAGCAUUCGUUAAGCUGGCCCAAAUUCUAGUUUUACAGAAGGGAAUACGUUCUGCUAACACUGGACUGAUUGACUUCCCAGCCGACCUAAUCGAUGAGAUGCAAGACCGAUUCAUGGUAUAUGGGAGCCGAUCUCCAAUGAACUGGAUACUCAAGAUCCGCUCGUAUGGCUGCAAAGUCCGGGAUAACACGACUGCCUUGGGACAUAUCAUAUGGACGGACGACGGUGAACAUCUGUCUUACAAGAACUUCGAGUUGUCUAUGACUGCGCUCCGUUGGUUCAUGCGUGACCAGGUUGAGCUGGCUCAGAAGCAACUCCACGAUCUGCUGCUGCUACCGCCCGACAGAGACGCAGAAAGCAGGGCAGACACCGUUCCCCCAGUGCGCUUACGAGAGCUAAAAGAUGACCCAACUGUCAACACCCCAGACUGGAGUUUUUUUCUAGACAAGCGUAACGAGGAUCAGCUCGCUGGUCAUGAUCGCUGGCUCCUCCGCCGUAUUAGGGACCAUGGCUGGCUUAGAAAGCAGUUCUUGGAUGGCCCCCAUUCUACUACGUGGAAAAAGAAACGAGUGAAGAGCUAUCUUGAUGCGAUACAAACCUUCCUACAACGGCUUCUGCUCCUGGUUCAUAUGACAGGCGGACAGCCUGCUCGAGGGACAGAACUUCUUACACUUCAGUGGCGAAACUCGCAACACGGAAUUCGGCGAAACAUCUUUCUUGAGAAUGGCCUAGUUACGUUUGUGACUUCCUAUCACAAAGGCUAUAGCAUCACAGGAUCCACCAAGAUCAUCCACCGUUAUCUACCGCCUGAGGUUAGCGAGCUCCUUGUGUAUUACCUUUGGCUUGUGGUGCCCUUUGUUAGGCAACUAGAACGCCUUACACCGGACUCUGUACCUACGAGCACGACGUCUUCCCUUCUUUGGUCUCGCUCGAUAAUCGAUAAGUCUGGGCAUCGGCAGGACGUGCCUUGGCCAAGUAAGUGCCUUAGCGACGUACUAGCUAAAGAGUUCUCGCGACAUCUCUCUACACGUGCCAGCAUCAUUAUAUGGCGGCAUUCAGCUAUCGCUAUUACUCGGCGCCAUCUUGGACGAUUGGGAUUCAAACGAGACUACGAUGGCAAAGAAGAGAUAUUAAAUGUCGCAGACCACCAGGCUGCGCACAGCUCUAUGUUGGCAGGUCAGCUAUACGCUCGGGGGAUAGAGGAAGCACCAGGGCAUAUUGCACCAAUACGAGCGGAGUAUCGCGCUAUUAGUCGUGCAUGGCAUAGCUGCCUUGGGUUUGGAGUGUUUCUUGGCAGCCGUCCAACAACAUCAAUGCCUAGUAGUUGUUGUCAGCCACAGCUAGAAACACGUUCAAGUACUAUACCCGAUGACAUCGUUGUAGAGAAGUGCACUGGCACGAGAGAUACACUAAAGAGAAAGGAGAGAGAUGAUCAAGAUGAGCUAGAUCAAUGGUUUCAGCAUGGUGUUAGGUUUGGUAAAAGGGCUACACAGCGAAGGGUGAUAGAUAAGCAGAGUAGUGCAUAA